GUUUGCCUUUCGCAUGUUCCGUUCGUGAGUGAGCUUUGUGACUCAGUAUUUACGGUUUGUGUUGGUAACGGGAUUACAUUACACGCAUGUUUGGGCUGCAGCUUCAGCGCAGGCGCAGGCGGCUCCGCAGCAGCUGCCGUCACCUCCUUCUCCUCCUCUUCCUGAGAGGCGCCGCGUUGCUGACUCCGCUGCGGGCUUCCUCCUCUCCGCCAGCCGCGGUUGCCUGUGGACUCUCAGGUAGGACACCGAGCUCACCUGGAGGACUGCGGUGCAGCAGACCUGAGCUGUCGGACUUCUGCUUUGAAUGAACAGAUGUUCCGAUUCUGCAGCCUUCAUCCAUCCUACGGUGGGGGGCGGGGGUGCAGCACAGCUGUGUGAUCGUGCGCAGACUCGCAUGCGUGUUCGUGUGUAACCUGCGUGUCGGUGUCGCCCCGCAGACAGAUGGAUGCCGCGGAUCGUAACUGAGAGAACGUCCUCUCUGUCUCCUCUCCGCCGAGCUGCUGCGGCGCCGCGCGCGCAGGAACGACGUGCGCUCCCUGCAGCCGAAGACUACAGGAAUUCACCCCCCACCCCCCACCCCGCCAGAAGAAUUCUGCCUCAUCAUCUGCUCGCACAACAUGGUCCCAGUGCUGCGCCCCAGGAAGGAUGUGAGCUGAAGCAGCGCAGAGGAGCUGUCCGUCCGUCGUGGUGCUGAUGCGGCUGUGACAGCGCGAGCAUGGCCGCCGGGAAGUUACUGCUCUACGCCGGGCUCUCUUUGUCUCUCUGCGCCCUGGGCAUGCUGGCUGUGGCGAUGUGCUCCGACCACUGGUACGAGACCGACGCCAGGAGGUAUCGGGAGCGGUGCCGAAGCUUUUCGAGUCGCCGCAAGGACCCGGGCUUCAUGUACACCCCCAAUAACAGCCUGCCGCUGCGGGCCAGCCAGAGCGGCGCGGCGCGCUGGGAGGAGCGGCUGCUGCCCGCGCGCAACCGGCUGCAACUGUUUGCCAUGAGCGCCGCGGACGAGUGCAGCCGGCACCACAACUCCACCAACAUGGGGCUGUGGAGGCGCUGCCACCGGGCCGGCUUCGACCACGAGACUGAGGAGCUCAUCAGGAAAGGCUCCACUGCGAGGUGCUCCUACAUCAAGUAUCACUACUCCUCUGCAAGCAUCCCCAAAGACCUCUCAGAGGACACCACCAAACUAAUAAGGCAGGAUGAGUGGCACUCCCUCCACUUGCGGCGGAUGACGGCGGGCUUCAUGGGCAUGGCUGUGGCCAUCAUCCUCUUUGGCUGGAUCAUCGGCCUGCUCGGCUGCUGCUGGGACCGGGGCCUCAUGCAGUAUGUGGCGGGGCUCCUGUUCCUCAUGGGAGGAACCUUCUGCAUCAUCUCCCUCUGCACAUGUGUUGCUGGCAUUAACUUCGAGCUCUCCCGUCACCCACGGAACCUGUACGGCCUGCCCGAUGACAUCGGCCACGGCUAUGGUUGGUCCAUGUUUUGUGCAUGGGGAGGCCUCGGACUCACCCUCAUCUCUGGGUUCUUCUGCACCCUGGCUCCUUCCGUCCAACCAUUACCAAGAUCUACCUGCCCCAAGUCCCGGCAAGAGAACGGCACUGUCUGCUAAAGGAGGAACCACUGACUGAGAACAAGAGGGAAUACAGAUGUCUGUGUUCAUCUGUUUGCUCAUUACCGUCCUACCCUGGUUCUAGUUUUUAUUUGUGCGUGUGUUUAAAAUGGCUGUCUUGAAAAUCUGUUAUCUUGAAAAACAAGAAAAAAACGGAAGAACUUCAGAAGUCUUUAAAAAAGUCAAAAUUGUGCUAAUUUUGAUGAUGUGUGAAAGAUGAACAAAAAUGAACAAUGACUGAGGAAGAUCUUAGACAAUCUCCAUGGAAAGACUAAAUUAUAGAGAGCUUCAGAACUUGAAGGUGGACAAAGUAUUUCAAAGACAACUGCUCUAACCUGCCGAGAGCAGAUCAGACUUUUGGAUUAAGUGACGACCAGGUGGUUCUGCGCUGACAGAUUAGGAGAAUGGAGUUGGAUUUGCAGGUUUGGACUUUAGUUGACUGGAGUGUUUACUCCAAGCUCCUCCAGUUCCAUGUGACAGACGAGCCUUAAGGUGUCAAAGACCUUGACCCGUGUACAAUGUUGUACAGAAUCUGACAAAACAAUAACAUAUGGGAAGUAGACCAUUGUCAUAAGGUUCAGUCCAUUCCACCAGGGAAACAAAUAGGCCUCUUGUCAUUUUAUAAACACAUUUGUCUUUU